UCCCGGCGCGGCGGGAGCGCGCUUAGCGCUUGCGUACGCGACGGCGGUUGGCGGCGCGCGGGCGACGUGAAGCGAGGGGAGUCGAGGCGGUUCGGACCCACGGAGCGACAGACCGAGCGGCCCCUACGGCCGUCGGCGGCCCGGCGGCCCGAGAUGUUGUCUGGGAAGAAGGCGGCAGCUGCAGCGGCGGCGGCUGCAGCGGCGGCCGCCGGGACGGAGGCUGGCCCCGGGGCUGCGGGCGGUGCAGAGAACGGCUCUGAGGUGGCCGCGCCGCCCGCAGGCCUGUCGGGCCCAGGCGAGGUCGGGCCGGGGGCGGCCGGGGAGCGUACGCCCCGCAAGAAAGAGCCCCCGCGGGCCUCGCCUCCCGGGGGCCUGGCCGAACCGCCGGGGUCCGCAGGGCCUCAGGCCGGGCCUACCGUCGUGCCUGGGUCUGCGACCCCCAUGGAAACUGGAAUAGCAGAGACUCCGGAGGGGCGUCGGACUAGCAGGCGCAAGCGGGCGAAGGUAGAGUACAGAGAGAUGGAUGAAAGCUUGGCCAACCUUUCAGAAGAUGAGUAUUAUUCAGAAGAAGAGAGAAAUGCUAAAGCAGAGAAGGAAAAGAAGCUUCCCCCACCACCCCCUCAAGCCCCACCUGAGGAAGAAAACGAAAGUGAGCCUGAAGAACCAUCGGGGCAAGCAGGAGGACUUCAAGACGACAGUUCUGGAGGGUAUGGAGACGGCCAAGCAUCAGGUGUGGAGGGAGCAGCUUUCCAGAGCCGACUUCCUCAUGACCGAAUGACUUCUCAAGAAGCAGCCUGUUUUCCAGAUAUUAUCAGUGGACCACAGCAGACCCAGAAAGUUUUUCUGUUCAUUAGAAACCGCACAUUGCAGUUGUGGUUGGAUAAUCCAAAGAUUCAACUGACAUUUGAGGCUACUCUCCAACAAUUAGAAGCACCUUAUAACAGUGAUACUGUGCUUGUCCACCGAGUUCACAGUUAUUUGGAGCGUCAUGGUCUUAUCAAUUUUGGCAUCUAUAAAAGGAUAAAACCCCUACCAACUAAAAAGACAGGAAAGGUAAUUAUUAUAGGCUCUGGGGUCUCAGGCUUGGCAGCAGCUCGACAGUUACAAAGUUUUGGAAUGGAUGUCACACUUUUGGAAGCCAGGGAUCGUGUGGGUGGACGAGUAGCUACGUUUCGCAAAGGAAACUAUGUAGCUGAUCUUGGAGCCAUGGUGGUAACAGGUCUUGGAGGGAAUCCUAUGGCUGUUGUCAGCAAACAAGUAAAUAUGGAACUGGCCAAGAUCAAGCAAAAAUGCCCACUUUAUGAAGCGAACGGACAAGCUGACACUGUCAAGGUUCCUAAAGAGAAAGAUGAAAUGGUAGAGCAAGAAUUUAACCGGUUGCUAGAAGCUACAUCUUACCUUAGUCAUCAGCUAGACUUCAAUGUCCUCAAUAAUAAGCCUGUGUCCCUUGGCCAGGCAUUGGAAGUUGUCAUUCAGUUGCAAGAAAAGCAUGUCAAAGAUGAGCAGAUCGAACAUUGGAAGAAGAUCGUGAAAACUCAGGAAGAAUUGAAAGAGCUUCUUAAUAAGAUGGUAAAUUUGAAAGAGAAAAUUAAAGAACUCCAUCAGCAAUACAAAGAAGCAUCUGAAGUAAAGCCACCCAGAGACAUUACUGCCGAGUUCUUAGUGAAAAGCAAACACAGGGAUCUGACCGCCCUAUGCAAGGAAUAUGAUGAAUUAGCUGAAACACAAGGAAAGCUAGAAGAAAAACUUCAAGAAUUGGAAGCAAAUCCUCCAAGUGAUGUAUAUCUCUCUUCAAGAGACAGACAAAUACUUGAUUGGCAUUUUGCAAAUCUUGAAUUUGCUAAUGCCACACCUCUCUCAACUCUCUCCCUUAAACACUGGGAUCAGGAUGAUGACUUUGAGUUCACUGGCAGCCACCUGACGGUGAGGAAUGGCUACUCAUGUGUGCCUGUGGCUUUAGCAGAAGGCCUAGACAUUAAACUGAAUACAGCAGUGCGACAGGUUCGCUACACGGCUUCAGGAUGUGAAGUGAUAGCUGUGAAUACCCGCUCCACGAGUCAAACCUUUAUUUAUAAAUGCGAUGCAGUUCUCUGUACCCUUCCCCUGGGUGUGCUGAAGCAGCAGCCACCAGCUGUUCAGUUUGUGCCACCUCUUCCUGAGUGGAAAACAUCUGCAGUCCAAAGGAUGGGAUUUGGCAACCUUAACAAGGUGGUGUUGUGUUUUGACCGGGUGUUCUGGGAUCCAAGUGUCAAUUUGUUUGGGCAUGUCGGCAGUACGACUGCCAGCAGGGGUGAGCUCUUCCUCUUCUGGAAUCUCUAUAAAGCUCCAAUACUGUUGGCACUAGUGGCAGGAGAAGCUGCUGGUAUCAUGGAAAAUAUAAGUGAUGAUGUGAUUGUUGGCCGAUGCCUGGCCAUUCUCAAAGGGAUUUUUGGAAGCAGUGCAGUACCCCAGCCCAAAGAAACUGUGGUGUCCCGUUGGCGUGCUGAUCCUUGGGCCCGAGGCUCUUACUCCUAUGUUGCUGCAGGAUCAUCUGGAAAUGACUAUGAUUUAAUGGCUCAGCCAAUCACUCCUGGCCCCUCAAUUCCAGGCGCCCCACAGCCUUGUUCGGCUGAACAGAUGAAGGAACAGAGAAGCUAGCACUGGACUGAGCCAGGUCGAAGCACUGCAUAACAAAUAAACAGGAUAGGGGAGCAAAGGGUGUGUGUGAGGGAGUUCAAAUUCACUCAGUAAAGAAGGAGAAGAAUAGUGAAAACAUAAUAGAAACUAAUGAACUAAAGGUUCCAGGGAGGCUUGGAGGAUUGUUAGAGUAAGGGUACCAGGUACCAGAGGAAAUUAAGCCUCAAAUAUAGAAGACAGAAAUCAGAGAGGGACUUCAAAAACUGAAAUUAUGGAGGCACUGUAGUUAUUGAUAAUGUCAAAAAUUAAGGUAUUAAUCAUAGGAAUCCUGCAGGGGAGUAGGGAGAAGUAUAAAACAAGGAUUGUUAGGAGAGAGUAAUAAUUGAGAGGUAAAGGUGUUGCAGGGUCACUGGCAUGUAAGCACCACAAAUUAACAGGAAUAAUGCUGGAAAGAGUGACAUUAAGACAGAAUCUGAAGUUGUUAGGAGCAAUGACUCAGGGCAUCAAUAAAUGACAGCAACAGUGGGGUAUUAGAUGAUGUCAUCCAAUAAGAUUACAUUCAAAAUUCAAGGAUAAGAGUGAAGAAAUGACUCCAACAAUGAUCCUAUGAGAAAGCUUAGGGCAAAAGGAAAACAACUGAAAUUGGGCCUGGAGAAGAUACCAAAUGCCAAUUCUCUCCAAGUCUGAGUUCUUCUACUGGCUGCACUAUAAGCCUAGAGCCACCAGAUGGAGCCCAUGCUCAGCUCCUAAAAAACACCAACGCUUGAAGGUGUUGAAAAGACCAACGCCUCCCCCUUCCUACCUGGGACAUUCAGAUCCUGUCCACCCCGAUUAUUGUUCCCUGUCCAUCACUCUGCUUCUCUGGGUACAUCUUUGUCUGUCCUCUCAUCUUUGCCUCUUUUGGUCACCCUUCUCCUUUCCCCAGACUACCUGCUUCCUCAUUCUCAAAAACGGAGAGGGAAAAAACCUCCUAUGUUUAUGUUUUAAGAAAGCUUUUCCCUUUUAAAAACUCUUGCCUUUGACCUUCUGCCCAGUGGUACAGUUUAAAUCUUGUCAAUUUAUACACAAGGUUGGUUUGGGGGGACUUAACUAAGUACAGACCAUAAACCAAUUUUAAACCAGUAGAUAGAUACAGGGGAUCUGAAGUUGCCAUCACAGUCAUCAGAAGACAAAUGAUACAUGAUGCAUCUGUAAAGUAUUUUAAAACAGCAUAUCCUCAUAAAUAGGCUUAAACCAUUAAAUUGUAUACUUUAAAGAGAUGAACUUCAUGAUAUAUAAAGCAUAUCUCAAUAAAGCUGUUAAAGAAAACA